UUGCUUAAAAUUUAAAGUUUUAUGUGGGACAAAUAAAUCAGAAAAAAUGGAUGACGAUAAAAAAGGAUUAAGAAGUAGAAGUAAAAAAUACAGAAAGAGACGAAAAACCCUCCAUGACGUUGCGUCUUGUUCGGCGAUUGAUGAUUUGUUCAACUCUUCAGCAGUAAUUUCAGAGAACAAUGAAGACUUCGAGGCGUUUAUAAAUACCGAUGUGGCAGAGAUUCAAAUGAAGCAAAAUGUUCGUUUUGAAGAGGACGUUCAGAUUGAAGAAAUUAAUUUAGAAUUUGAAGAAGACGAGAUAGUGAACGGUAUAAUGCCAGCUGUUCUCACAGAUGAUUUUUUUAAGGAUGAUCUUCAUGAAUCGGGAACGUACGAAGAGGAAAAAAUAGUAGAAGAGGAAGAAGUUGCGGAUAAGGAUGUAGCUGCACCCCAAAAUGAACCACCAGAAAUUUCAAAGUUGCGUGAGUGGGGUCAAAAAAAUACCGGAAUCAUCGCUUGAUGAAUUGUUAAAUAUUUUGCAAGAGAGAUUGCUACCUUCUUUACCAAAGUCUUCAAAAACAUUCCUCGGAACAACAGAUGCUAGGAAUGAUAUUAUUCCAAUGGAAGAUCAGAAUGAAAUAAUGGGAGAAUUUGUUUACUUUGGUAUCGAAGCUGGUCUAAGAAACUGUGUAAGUUCCGAUAUACACAGAGAAAAUUUAAUCAAAUUUCAAAUUAAUGUUAACGGCUUUCAACCGUUUACUUCUUCGUCAGUUGAUUUGUGGACAAUUCUAGGAAAAAUCCACUUCAUUCCCGAUGUCUAUAAGGUUUUUCCAAUAGCAAUCUUCUGCGGGACAACGAAACCUGGAAAUCCUGAUACUUUUCUAAAUAAUUUUAUAGAAGAGUUGAACCAGCUGCAAACAAAUGGCAUUACUAUUUCAGAAAAAUAUUUCCUUGUUCGGCUAAAGUGCGUGAUCUGUAAUACACCUGCCAGAGUGUUUUUGAA